CACCUUUCCAUCCUACCCACCCCCCUUACCAACUUAGUGUCCUGAGCGCCUACAACCCGCACGGCUGAUUUAAUAGACUACCCUCUGUUCCUGUUCCUCCUCCUCUUGCCCACUCUGCCUCUCGCCUCCUCUUCCAGUCCGGACGCCUAGACUCCAGGAAGCGCAGCUCUGCCAACCCGCGGGGCAGCCCGGUGCGCAGCGCUCCCGGGUCGGUCUAGCCGAAAACCUAGGGUGCACUGGCACCUGCAAGGACGCUGAAGCGGAGGACGCCCAGAGACUCAGCACACCCGAGAGCCGGUCCGCUCUUUGAUAAAGCUCCAGUGCAAGAGAAGCGGAUUCCGAGUGAGACUUCUGGAGCCAGCAGGACACCCCAGUUCUCCCAGUACGACGCGGCUGCACUCAUCGUCCACAAGGAACUUUCCAUUCAGAAGAAAUGCUGUGGCCCUUCUCUUGACCCACAGUAAACGGUGCACAAUAAACUGCGUAGCUGAAGAAAUUACAGACUCCUCACAAAUGAGAGACAUUCGAGGCUGCAUAGUCUCCAGCUGAAGGAAAAUAACUAAUAGCUUCUCCGCAGUGUAGAUUGGAAGAAGGGGAAGAUGAACCUCACAAACUGUACCACAGAAGCCAGCACCACUGUAAGACCCAAGACCAUCACAGAGAAGAUGUUUAUUUGCCUGACUCUGGUGAUUAUCACCACCCUGACCAUGUUGCUGAACUCGGCUGUGAUUGUGGCCAUCUGCACCACCAAGAAACUCCAUCAGCCUGCAAACUAUCUAAUCUGCUCUCUGGCGGUGACAGACCUCCUGGUGGCAGUGCUGGUCAUGCCCCUGAGCAUCAUGUACAUUGUCAUGGACAGCUGGAAGCUUGGGUACUUCGUCUGUGAGGUGUGGCUGAGUGUGGACAUGACCUGCUGCACCUGCUCCAUCCUCCAUCUCUGUGUGAUUGCCCUGGACAGGUACUGGGCCAUUACCAAUGCUAUUGAAUAUGCCAGGAAGAGGACAGCCAAGCGGGCUGGACUGAUGAUCCUCACCGUCUGGACCAUCUCUAUCUUCAUCUCCAUGCCCCCUCUGUUUUGGAGGAGCCACCGCCAACUCAGCCCACCCCCCAGUCAGUGCACCAUCCAGCAUGACCAUGUCAUCUACACCAUUUACUCCACACUUGGGGCAUUUUAUAUCCCCUUGACUUUGAUCCUGAUUCUCUAUUACCGCAUUUACCAUGCGGCCAAGAGUCUUUACCAGAAAAGGGGAUCGAGCCGGCACUUAAGCAACAGAAGCACAGACAGUCAGAAUUCUUUUGCAAGUUGUAAACUUACACAGACUUUCUGCGUGUCUGACUUCUCCACCUCAGACCCUACCACAGAGUUUGAAAAGAUCCACACCUCCAUCAGGAUCCCUCCCUUCCACAAUGAUCUAGAUCACCCAGGGGAACGCCAGCAAAUCUCUAGCACCAGAGAACGCAAGGCAGCUCGCAUCCUGGGACUGAUUUUGGGUGCAUUCAUUUUGUCUUGGCUUCCAUUCUUCAUCAAAGAGUUGAUUGUAGGUCUGAGCAUCUACAGUGUGUCUUCCGAAGUGGCUGAUUUUUUGACAUGGCUUGGCUAUGUUAAUUCUCUGAUCAACCCUCUGUUGUACACGAGUUUUAAUGAAGACUUUAAGCUGGCUUUUAAAAAGCUCAUUAGGUGCCGAGAGCAUACUUAGAUUGUAAAAAACCCAAAGGUGUGACUUUUACCAGAGCCUCAUGAGUGAACGGGGGUACGGGGUACAGCUUACUAAUUCUUGAACAUACUUGGUUCAGGAGAGUUUGUAAGUAUAUGUGGUCUUGUUUGUUUGGUUUCUUUUUCUUUUUUUCUUUUGUUAUUUGGUGUGCUGUUUUCUACCUCUGGUCUUAUUUGUGGUACCUCAUUUCAAAUAAACAUUAUCAUAUAAAAACAGAAAUUAUAUAGAAAUAAUAAUAAAGUGAAAUAGUAAGUACUUUUUGUAUAUUUUCUCUAGCCAUUUCAGUUAAUCCUGCAAUUAAAGAAUGCCCCCAUAAAUUUAUUUGCAGAAUUUCUUACUGCUUGUAAAUCAAAUAUCUGAUAACUUGCCCUCGUGUGGCAUUAAAUCUGAGGUUAUGGCUCUAUGUGCAUACAUAUUCCAGCAAGAAUUUCAU